CAGUUUCUAAAUAUCAACACUGGGGCUCGUCUCCUGCUUCAGUGGGUCGGUCCUCGUCGGACCGCGGAGUCGUCAGCCUGUUUCGGGGCUUGGUGGACGCUCUGAUGUUUGCGCAGGUUGUGUUUGUACCGUGACAGCUCGUCCUGACCAUGGAGUAUCUGCUGCAGGUGAAAGUCGGAGCUUUGGUCGGCUUGUUGCUCCUGACGCUUCUGUUCGGAUUCAUCCCCGCUAAAGUCAAAUGGUUCAGAGACACAAACGGAACAGAAACUCACCGGACGGUCCUGAGCCUCAUCAGCUGUUUUGCCGGCGGCGUUUUCCUGGCAGCAUGUUUGCUCGACAUCAUCCCGGACUACCUGUCGGACAUGAGCGCAGAGAUGGAUGCUCAGAAGUUGGAGACCAGCUUCCCCCUGCCAGAGUUCAUCAUGGCCGCGGGUUUCUUCACCGUCCUCAUCCUGGAGAAAAUGGUCCUGAGCUUCCGUCAGUCGAGAGGAGCUCACCACGGCGAGAGGGCGCCGCUGCUCCCGGAGAGCGGCCACAGUCACAACGGGGCCGCGACGGCGCCUGACCUGGAGGGCAGCGGCCACCACGUCCAUGUGGACUUCCAGGCUCACUCCCCCUUUCGCUCCUUCAUGCUUUUCCUCUCCCUCUCGCUCCAUUCGGUUUUUGAGGGCCUUGCUAUCGGCCUGCAGAGCACUGACUCCAAGGUGAUGGAGAUCUGCAUCGCCAUUCUGGUCCACAAAAGCAUCAUAGUGUUCAGCCUGUCCGUGAAGCUGGUCCAGAGCGCCAUUCAGCCGAUUUGGAUCGCCUUGUACAUCGGCGUGUUCGCCCUGAUGUCGCCUUUGGGCAUCGGCAUCGGCAUCAGCGUGAUGGAGGCGCGGCUGGCGGCCGGCGCUCUGAUCCAGGCCAUCCUAGAGGGGCUCGCCGCAGGGACCUUCAUCUACAUCACCUUCAUGGAGAUCUUGCCGCACGAGCUCAACUCGGCCGGGAACCAGGUGCUCAAGGUGCUCUUCAUCCUGCUGGGCUUCACCGUCAUGGCCUCCCUGACGUUUCUAGGCUGAGCAGAGCAUCUGUGAGGGGGAGGGGAUGCCCCACAGAUGCUUCUGUGCUUUGUGCCUCCGACACCCGCUUCCCACAAGCCCAUUGGUCACUUUAUCUCAGAGACUCCUGGCAUUUUUCAACAAAUAUUGCUGCACUGUCACACUAAACUCUGGACAAUUUUACAACGCGUCAACUUUCACAACAUGUUCAUAUUGCGAUAAAUGUUGAGAGUGUUUAUGCUGCAGGAAAUCAGUUGAUGUUUCUAUGUUGUUUUAAGAUGAUUUUAUCUACAGAGAAGCCGCUUGCAUGCCUGCCAUAAAGAGAACUCAGGUCAGUUUAUUGCUCUUUUGUUUUUGUUUUUUAAGGCUUCAGACCUGCAUCAACUUGACUUUUUUGCAAUGUUACAAAAGCAGCUGGAAACAAAGCACAUCGUUUAAAGCCAAGGAUGUCAUGAAUGAAGCGUUUCAGUGAUUCUCCAUACAGCAUGUGAAAUGUUUACGUUUUAUCUCCAAGUUGAAGAGGAAGUUUGACGGCUCCCAGUUUGAACUGCACUAUUUGUUGUUUUUUUUUUAAGUUACACUCCUCGUUUCUGGGUCACUCUCCCAUCUUAAUAAUUUCCUCUAAAUGCAAGCCUUUUAUGACUUUUACCAAACCCUCGUAUCUUUUUUGCACUGACUGUUUUUCUUAAUAAUUCAGUGAUUCUGAAAUUCACACAGAAAAACCUGCUUAUAAAGUGAGACUUUCCAUUUUUGCAAGACUAGAUGAGCUUUAAGUAUUUGCAGAUCACGGCAUGAGGCCUCAAUGUUGAGCAACGCUCAUUUACUGGCCGAGAAGUAAAAGUCUCGAGCGGCAAUCUGUCACCGUAUUCCCUAUUUUAGUUUGUCAUGUGUCUGAUUGUUUCCUCAUUGUGGUGAACAUGCAGAUGACAGCAGAGAUGUUGAUGCCACCUAAAGCAGCAGACUGUUCUUUUUUUCUUUUUUUACUUAUUACAUUUCAAAUAAAUGGCGUCCACAGUUUUCACUCCUGCUUUUUGUGACCCAAGUA